UCAAAAAAAAAAAAAAAAAAAAUCAAUAGAAGGAGAGAACCCCCGCAACCCACUGUUCAGGGAAUUUCCAACUACGGAGGAAAAACAAGAAGUUAAACCUCCAGCUCCGCCUGCGCUAAAAGUGAUCCUUAGAGGCCAAGUUGCUUCCCACUUCAGAGCCCCCCCCCCCACCGUGGGAUUCCGGUAGACCUGAAUGGGAUGUGGACAAGCUUGAUAAAUAAGAGAUUCGAAAAAUAAAAAAUUAAAAAAAAGAAAGAUUCGAGAACAAGUACAGGCGGAGCCUCUCUGGGAAGUACGGUCUAUAGAGUGUAUAGACCACAAAUCCGGCAAAGAAAGUGAACCAGGUUUUGGACAGGUGCGCAUGUCAGAGACUUCUGGGAAAUGAAGUCCGGCGGGGCGGGGAGGUCCGUACGCAUGACCGGAAGUGGCGCUAUUUGAGCGCGUCCUCUUUGGCACGGGAGCUGGGCCUGGGUUUUGGUAGUGGCUGCGACGGGGGUUUCCGAGCCACCCGGCUAUCCCGUAGCGUUCUGGAGUAGCCGGCAGCGGGUUUUCCCACGCGGCGUUCUGCUUGAAACCGAGUCGGUGGUUGCGCCACGGGCUCCCGAGCCGCGAAGCCUGGCUGCCGCUGGAAAAACUGAAAGACCCGCCUGGACGGGCCCAACCCCAGCUUCCAGAGCCCAACAUCGCGGGCUCAGACCUCGCCUCUGAGGGCAGAGGCCGGAGAGAAGAGUCCAGCCCAGGAGCAGUCAGAGCAGGACUGCAGAGCGCGGCUGGGGCUCAGAGAACUGCUGAGAGGCGGUGGCACGAGGUGUGACCCAAAUGCUGGAGGAAGGAGAGCUGCCUUCUCCAGACUCUGCCCUUCCCGGAGACCACAGCACAGGAGAUAAAGGAAUGGCCGCAGCUCUCCUCGCAGGGCUCCACAGCCGUCAGCAGCGUGAGGGUAGCUUUUACCCACGAUGGGUGGAGGCACUUGGUCCCUGCUCCGAGGGGGACUCCAAGGUUCAAGGAGGGGUUACCAGAAAACGCCAGGAAUCUGGUCCUGCUGGGAGGAGUAGGGUGACCUUCAGGCCAGUUCCUCCAUAUUCACGCCCAGAACCAAGCGGAAUGCUCGGACUUCCAGUUUCCCAGCCCAGUGUGAGCUCCCAGUUGGACCAGAGGGAAGACAGUCCAUGGGCGCUGCAGGGAGGAGGCCUGAGGAGCCCCUGCCCCGACUGGAAGAUUAUGUCUGAAUCACCACCCAAGCGUGACAUUUCUGAAGAUUCAUUCCAAGACCCAAGUAUAGAGCUGCCUCCUGGGGAGUCAGAUCACAGGAACAGUGACCUGGGGAAGAGCUUCAACCUGAGACCAGUCCUUUCUUCACAACAGAGAGUUCCCACAGAAGUGAGACCCCGGAAAUGGGAAGCACAUCCAAAGAGCUUCAGGAAGAAUUCCCCUGUAAUUAAGCCCCACCGAGCAAAACCGUAUACUUGUAGCGAAUGUGGCAAAUCCUUCAGUUACUGUUCCUCCCUUUCUCAGCACCAGAAGAGCCACACUGGGGAGAAACCCUAUGAAUGCAACGAGUGUGGGAAGGCUUUCAGCCAGAGCUCAUCUCUUAUUCAGCACCAGAGGAUUCACACCGGAGAGAAACCCUACAAAUGCAGCGAAUGCGGGAGAGCCUUCAGCCAGAACGCAAACCUCACGAAGCAUCAGCGAACUCAUACCGGAGAAAAGCCCUACAAAUGUAGUGAGUGUGAAAAAGCCUUUAGUGACUGUUCAGCCCUUGUUCAGCAUCAGAGAAUUCACACCGGGGAGAAGCCCUAUGAGUGCAGCGACUGCGGGAAGGCCUUCCGUCACAGUGCGAAUCUCACAAACCACCAGAGGACCCACACGGGGGAGAAGCCGUACAAGUGCCGGGAGUGUGGGAAGGCCUUCAGUUACUGUGCCGCCUUUAUUCAGCAUCAGAGAAUCCACACUGGGGAGAAACCAUAUAAAUGUGGGGCAUGUGGGAAGGCCUUCAGCCAGAGCGCAAACCUCACAAACCAUCAAAGGACUCACACAGGCGAGAAGCCCUACAAGUGCGGCGAGUGUGGGAAGGCUUUCAGCCAAAGCACAAAUCUCAUCAUCCACCAGAAGACCCACACUGGGGAGAAGCCAUAUAAAUGUAAUGAGUGUGGGAAGUUUUUCAGUGAGAGCUCAGCCCUUAUCCGACAUCAUAUAAUUCACACGGGAGAAAAACCCUACGAGUGCAAUGAGUGCGGGAAGGCGUUUAACCAGAGCUCGUCCCUUAGUCAGCAUCAGAGGAUUCACACUGGUGUGAAGCCCUAUGAAUGUAGGGAGUGUGGCAAGGCCUUCCGGUGUAGCUCCGCCUUCCUUAGACACCAGAGACUCCACACUGGGGAGUAACCACAGAGAGGACCAAAGUGGGUUGGGACCUGGCAGGAAAUGCAGGUAGUCUGAAAACCUGUGGAGACCCGGGACCUUAGUCUGUAGCUCAGAGCCACAUGCAAAAGCACCUUUAAUAAAUAGCCCCAAUUUUACAUGUCGCA